GGCUGCAAUGGCGGCGAGCCUCCUCCGUCGCUCUCCCUCGCAGCGCGCGCGAAGCAGAGAAGCAGCGCCGACUCCAUGAUCGGUCGACGCUCUUCUCCCUCCUUGGAUCGCCAAAAGCUUGGUGCUUGAGCCCCUCUCCGCCUCGCCUCCCUCCCUCCCUCCCUCUCUGCCAAUCGUUCGUCGGUGCUCUGGUCGGUUUGAAUCGUCGAAGCCAUCCUUCCUGACCGGCGCGGCCGGUCUUCUAUCGGAGCGGCCGCGGAGGCGGCGGGGGGGAGCCGGCUACUCGAGCGAGGGCUCGCGCCGCCCGUGUUGAUUCUCGGGCGACGUCGCGAUGGAGGAUUCGGAGUUGAUGCCCCCGUUUCCUCUGCGCAAGAGGCCGCGCCUCAAGAGCGAGACCUGCGAGACCCUGGUUCGCAUCUUCUCCCUCUGCGGCGACCCGAACUACGCACCGCGCGUCGUCAAAUUCGAUACCCACUUGCCAAGUUCAGAUGAUGCCCAUGAUGACCAGGGUGAAAACACUGGAGAGGCAGUUUGUGACCAAGGUCAAGGUGAGUUGGAAGUGGCCGGUUCAAAUUGUAAACCACUAGAACAUUCAUCAGCACAGAAAGACGGUUUUCCCAUUGUGGGAGAAUCCGAAAGUGUUCAGAAAUCAAAUGUUGCUGAUGGACAUUUCGAAGGUCUAAGCUCUCAGGACAGAGAAUCUAGUGAAGUGCAAGUUACAAUGGAUGAGAUGGCCCAUAGAGCGGAUGGAGAAUACGGUGUCAAUCUUUCAACACCAAAGGAUGAGAUGGUCAUGGGGAGCAUUUUAGGCAUUAAUAUAGAAGAAAGUGGAUAUGAAUUGGAGCACAUGGACAUGGACGAUAUAAGCAUCCUAUUGAAUGAUGAAGGCAUUGCACCUGUUCAUCAGGAUAAUUCUACAGUGGAGCUCACGGAUGAUCAACGCCAUGUCAGUGGUGUCGUGGCUUCAUUAAGUACCAAUCAAGAGCUUUCUGGUGAACAAAUAGUUGUAGAUGAUCCUACAAGUAUGAGUCACCUGCAAGGAGAUUUAAAUGACCAUAGUCAAAAGAUUGCAAUUGGCUCUGCUCCUACUCCAAUGCAGAGUGUGGACGAGAAAUAUCCACUCUCAGCAACCAAGGCAUUGACUGGAGAGAAUGAAAUACAACAUCCAUGUACGGGAGACACGGAUGUGCAUCUCCCAGAUAGUACAUUAAAUUUGCCUCAGGAAGUGACAGAAGAACAAGAGGUUGAGGAGGGGGAAAUUUCUGACAGCAUUAGGGUGGAUGGAACAUUGUCUAAUAUGCGUUUGGAUGAUAUUGCUGGGUCGACUAAGUUGCUCAACACUGAGCAAGUGUCUGAAUGCAUUGCACUUAUGGAGAGUGUCACUGAUGAAGGACAAAAAGGGAAAAACAAAACAGAAUCUGGAGCCUCUUCUUUCAGUGCUGGAAUGGACUGUGAUGUUGCUAAUGUGAGAAAAGCUGAAAACCAUGAAAAUAAUGGGGGGAAGAAGAUUUGUGAACCUCAAAUGGCUUUUCAUGGAAAGUCAAUGGUUUUGGAAGCUGAAAAAGUAGGUACAGAUCGUCCUUCAACUGAAGAUAAAAAAGCCAAAAAGCAUGGUUGCAUAUUCAGUGAAGACGUGCCCGAUCACGCAAGUCGAUGUAACGAUAUAGUUUCCUAUGCAGAUAUUUAUUUGGAAAAGAAAUCUGGGGACCAAGGGGCUGUAACUACCAUGAAGGAGUCUCAAGAUAAGAAAAAACGGCGUACUCUUAGCAAAGAAAGGAAGGAGAAGAAAAAGCUAAAGGAACGAAGAAAGAGAGCACAAAAGAAUAGAGAGCUUGGGGUAAAAAGGUUGAAAUUGCAACCAGUGCUGAAAGAAAAAACAGUUACAUAUUGCCGCCAUUAUCUCCAGGGAAGAUGCACCGAGGGAGAGAAGUGCAAAUUUUCACAUGAUACCGUGCCUUUGACGAAAUCUACAAAGCCUUGCUGUCAUUUUGCACGAAAUUCAUGCAUGAAAGGAGAUGAUUGUCCAUUUGAUCAUCAGCUCUCCAAGUAUACUUGCAGCAAUUAUGCAUCCAAAGGCUUUUGUAGCAGAGGCAACAACUGUAUGUUUUCACAUAAGAUGGAAGAUUCUACAAUUGCUUCAAACACUUGCAAUAAUGAAUCAAAUCAUCUAGCUAUGCCAUUGAUUCCUAAGAAGCAACUAGGCACAAUUGUUGGCUCCCACAAGAACAACGCCCAUACUGCGUCAGACACUUCCCGUGCUUCUUUCAAGUACUUAAAACCGAACAUGACAGGCUCUUCAACAAACUCACCAGUGGUCAGACCUGAAAGAGGUAGCUCUGAAUCUGCUGAGAAAUCCUCAUUGAUUUCUUUCAACAAGUCAGAAAUGGGCAGUUCAUCUGCAAAAGAUGGUUCCAUUCAUAGUGGAGAAGAUGCUUCUGGCACAGUUCAAAACGUGAACGCAAUUUUGAAGACCACACCACUAUUGCCACCAAAAGGAGUAAAUUUUCUAUCAUUUGGUUCUUCGUUGAAUCAGACAGAUUCUAAGAAACCAGCUAACUUCCUUUUCAAUGCAAGUAACGUGAAUAUGCUCAAACAUGCUCCCUCAACUCAACAGAAGGGUGAUAGCGCCCAGAUUGUUAAUGAUGUAAGCCAACCAAUGUCAAUGUUCCCCAAUUCAAAUGAAGCGACAAAAAGGACUGAGCUGGUAGUAAAACCACCGAACUUGAAGCUUUUCUCCGCAAGGAAGGCUUUACUUCACGACUCUAUAACUAGAGAACAAUCUGGCUCCAGUUCUGUUGGUAAUGACGCUAUUGACAGAUCUCUGCAAGGGAAACCAAGUUCCUCUAGUACGACACAGAGCUCUAGCAUGACAACAUGGAAGCUGCCAGUUUCUCCAAUAACUCCAGGUCAACCUUCAGAUUCAACGCCUAGGCUGUACAGGAACAUCUCGAAUUCAGCUCAGAAGGCAUUGUCCUCAACAUUAGCAUUUGCUGCUAUGUUCGAAACAGACACAAGAACGAAGCAUGCCGACGGACAUCACGCUGUCGGUGGUAAGGCUGUUGGGGAAUCUGCUCAUGGUCUUCAGAAUGAUUCAGCGAAGGCCUCGAAAAUUCUGGAUUUCUUGGCUAACAUUGGGAAGAAGAAGCAAUAGUGUUCGAGAACUGCAGGUUUUAGCAGUUUAGAGGGAUACUGUCUCAUAAGUUUUGGGAAUAUGUCCUUUAUUGGCGCGACCGUGGCAAGACUAAUUACCUAUUCAAGUGGCAAUAGGCAGCUAUGAUUUGGGCAGUAGUCGGGUCCUUCAUAAUGUCUCUUUUUAUGUAGCAGUCAAGUCUCUCAAUUUAGGUAAAAGGUCGCUUUAGAAGAGAUCUCAGAUCACCGAAAAGGGAUUUGAGGGGGGGAUGUAUCCGAGUAAGCACACAAAUUUCCAGGAAAGCAAUGCUCACGCGUCACCCACACGCCUUCUCGUCGGAAGUUCGGAACUAAAUAUGUUUUAUCUCGGCAAGUUGCGUAUCUACCAGUCCGGAAUGGGAACAACACCGGAGAAAAGUUAAGAUUCAGACACGAGAGCAUGCUGCGGAUACACAUCGAUGAGUAUACUGAAGAGAACUCGCAACGUCCUUAGUAAGUUGAUGAACCAGCACCAGCAAAAGAACUGAUAAUCAGUACCAGUAGUUCAAUCCUUAAUUCUACAUCUGCUUGCAGUUUAGUUAAAGGGAUGCUUCUACGUCAAGGAGAGUAGCUAAAGAAGUCUUUCCCAUCAAAUCAUUCUUAUGUGUUGACAUAAGAAAGAAUCAUGGAAGGUUCCUCUGUCGCUUCGAUUAUUACUAUUCUUAAGAAAAGGGAUAUUCUCUGGUCUGCUAA